AUGAAGUCAGUUGGUCAGAUUGGUCUUGAAAAGUUUCCGCAAGAACUUCAUGCAACAUCAAAUGGUCUACAGGAUCUGAGUGUUCAACAAUGGAGUCUGAAAGAAACGCGCAAAGAACAUCCCCCCCUAGUACGUACUCGUUCGAAGUCCUUUACACAAACAGCAGACUAUUAUGAUUCGGUUGGUUACCGUUGCUCAUGUGAGGUUUGCAAACAGCGCACCAUCACAAAUAAAAUGUAUUUUCCAAGGGCAAUGCUUCAGGCUCGAGGAAUUAAAACAGUGCCCAAAGGCGCUUACGACGAAGUUGAGAAGCCAACGACGAGCACUAUCUCUGUUGGGAGCGUGAACAACAGAGUUAGCGUUCAAAAGCAUAAAGAGGCAACUGCACCUGAUCCUCCUCCACGUGGAAUUUUUCGCAAUGGAUCGGACUCUACACAGCAGUUAGAUUUCUCCAAGAUAAAAACUUGGAGCUGUAAUAAUCUAGAUUACUUGGAAACAACUUCGUGCAUAAAAGAUGAUGAAUCAAACAACGAAUUAAUGCCUCCUGAAGAAGGUGAUUCUGAUUCCGAGGAUUCCGGACUUAGUGUAAGGGUCAGCAUAACAAGUAUAACAGACGAAGAUGAAGCAGCAGUCACCAGGCUCUAA